AUGAAGUCGAACAAGGCAACCGGUCCUGACGACAUACCUGUUGAUAUCUGGAAGCUGCAAGGAGAUCGAGGGUCCCUGUGGCUCGCAACUCUAUUUAACAAAAUGGUUGCAGAAGGACGGACUCCAAACAUAUGGCAAACUUCCGUGACCGUGCCUGUCUGGAAAGGGAAAGGAGACAUUGCUGACUGCACCUCGUACAGGCCUAUACGACUGCUCUGCCAUACGAUGAAGAUUUUUGAGCGUGUCCUGGAAGCUCGUCUGAGGAAAAUUGUUAGCGUUUCACUCAACCAGUGCGGUUUUGUGAAGGACUGCAGCACUAUAGCUGUCCAUGCUGUCCGAAUCCUCCUGGAGAAACAUCGAAAGAAGAACCGCAGUGUGCAUCUUGCUUUUCUCGAUCUCGAGAAAGCUUUCGACCGUGUCCCACAUGAGCUGUUAUGA